CCAUCUUUUGCCAGAAACUUGGUUAACCUAGUCCAGUAAGAUGAAAUUUAGAAGCCCAAAGUAGCUGCACUGUAAUACAAAACCCUAGUAAAACGCCAUAGAUUAAACAAUAGAGGCAGCUUUGAGAAAAAAAUCCUUGCGAACAACCAAAGGUAAGGCAGACCACCCCAAAGUAAGGCAUCAUGGGUCGCAUGCACAGUCGUGGUAAGGGUAUUUCAGCUUCGGCUCUCCCUUACAAGAGAACUCCUCCUAGUUGGCUCAAGAUCUCCGCUCCUGAUGUUGAGGACAACAUUUGCAAGUUCGCUAAGAAAGGAUUGACACCUUCACAGAUUGGUGUGAUUCUUCGUGAUUCACACGGAAUUGCUCAAGUUAAGAGUGUCACUGGUAGCAAGAUCUUGCGUAUCCUCAAGGCCCACGGGCUCGCACCUGAGAUUCCAGAGGAUCUGUACCACCUGAUUAAGAAAGCUGUUGCCAUUAGGAAGCAUUUGGAGAGGAACAGGAAGGACAAGGAUUCCAAGUUCCGAUUGAUUUUGGUCGAGAGCAGGAUCCAUCGCCUUGCUCGCUAUUACAAGAAAACUAAAAAACUCCCACCUGUCUGGAAAUACGAAUCUACCACUGCCAGCACACUGGUGGCAUAGGGUGAAACGCGAGCUGGAGUAGCUUUGGCUGAUGACGAUAUGUAGUUUUCUCGUGUCAUUGCUUACUUGCUAAAUCCAAUUUUGUUUGAUUUGAUCGUGCUACUCAAUGGAAGAGAGUUUUGCUGUGUUUACCAAGUAUUGAGGAUAGAUGCUUUUAUUCAGAUAUUCAUAUGAAUGACUUUGUUUCUCAAGCUCAAAAAACCAAUGUUCAUCUGGUAUGGCUGCUCCCUAAUUUGGCCUGCAGAAAAUUGUGCUCUUCAUUUUAUAUGCAUGGCAGUGAACUUGCAAAAUGUCAGCGGAAAUUCCUUUUUUAACAGACAAGGGCAUUGGUGAACCUCUUUGAGGCUUAUCUAGCCAUGACGUAUUUGUUCUAGCUGGGGAUUUAAAAAGAUAGUUGUGGAGUUUGAAUCUGAAGGGGGUGGUACUUGAAAAGUUGUACCAACAAUAGUUACGUGAGACCAUCUAAAACUUUGCCAAAUGGAAAUUGGAAAAGUAGGCCCGUAAAAUUUUUACUUGGCCCUGCAAUUCAUACGCAUCCAAAAUUAUAAAAUCUGAAUUCUCCCAAUUCAGGCCUCUCAAAGUUUACCAAACGCAAAUGUUAUGUCUUUAUUAAAUUAUUGGUGGCUUGGAAGUUUGUAAGAUAUAGCAAGUUAUUUUGUUGAUGUCUUAUGUGUUCUGUUCGAGAGUUUUAGUUUAUUUCUUUUAGAAGUGGGUUUGUGAAGGAUUGAAACAGAUCUUCGUACGAGUUGAAGUUAUAUUUUUUCCAAAAUCAA